AUGAAAACCAAACCAAUCGUUCGUCAUCGCUUGAUUCGUCUGAUCAUUGCUCAUAUUCUCUGUGCAAUACAUAUGGGACUAUCGAUCUAUGUGAUUUAUACCAUCAAGGAUAAAACACAUUUAUAUUUCAUUCCGAUGUUUGGCACGAUUUUAUUUGGCGUCGAAGCCGUUUUUUCUCUCGUUUUUUAUCGAUGCAAGGAGUAUUUUCGUGGUUUCUCGAUUCUUGUCUUGGUUUACUCGUUAACAAUCAUAGCGUCUAUUUGGGUGCUUGAAUUGCAUCGUAUCAAUGAACUUAAACAAGAUGCGUGGAAAACGGUAACUAUCUCAUUCCAACACUUCCCGACAAGAUUCGGCGAUGUUCCUAGACCUUGGGUAAAACCAAAGGACUUUCUACAAAACUUCAAAUAUGUGUGGUCACAGAUUGAGAUUCAAGUUUAUCUCUUUCUCCUACUGAUACUUCGUGCGCUACUACCUAAACAAGAUUCGGUAUCCUAUUUUGGUAAAACAGAUCUGCUAUUCAAAUAUUUUGCGACUGGUAUGGACCUAUUGGAUUUCAUUGAUCUCUUGUCGUAUCCCCAGCUCUAUAUGAACUCACGCCUUGUUUAUGCAACCUUAUCCGUUUGGUCAGUGAGUUGUUUGCAAUUUGUUAUUUACGUUCCGGAAGUGAAAGAUAAUAAAAUCAAGGAAUUACACUCGUUUCUGACUAAUUCAUUUCUAGUUACAUUUCUCAUGGAUAUCCCAUUCCUUGUUGUUCGACUGUAUGCGAUAUUCGGAUGUGGAAAACAUGAUUAUACCAGUUAUUUUUUCGUCUUUAAAAACAUCGUUGUUAUAUUAUUGCAAAUCGCACGUAUACAAGCGAUUAUUGUUGAACGAAAUCAACAUCGAAAGGACGAAUUAGUUAAACUUACGUAUAUACCACAAGCACCAUUUAACACUCGAAUGAAACCUCGGCCGAUAUCAAAUGGUGGACCGGGCGCUCGUGUUAUUCUUUCGAAUUAUUGGCAAAAUGAUCGAAAUAGACGACCAGGUGAUGGAGGAUUUACAAACACUAGCAACGUUUAA